AUGAAGGGCAUUAUCUCCGCGACUCUGGCCUCCGUUCUGGCCGGAACCGCUUUGUCUCAGUCAUCUCCAAACACCAGGGACGAAUCCGCUACGGAGCGUGUAUGGUCCUCCAUUGCAUGGGUUAUGCAUGGUGACCGGAGUCCUCUCGAUGUGCCCGGUUUUCCUCCUAAUUUGACUCCCCUAGGUGCUCAACAACUCGUUGAUCGAGGCCGCGUUCUUCGCAAUCGUUACAUAGUGGCUGCUCAAGAACCGGAUAGUUUUGAUGUUUCCAAGCUCAUCGGAGCCAAGCUCGUGGGCCUAAGCACGAACGCCAUCGACAACACCCAGCUUGAUAUCCUUACGGGCGCAGAUAGUUACGACUUUCACAGUGCUCUAGCCCUCAUGCAGGGCCUCUAUCCCCCGUCAACACGUGUAUUUAAUGGUACGGAUGGUAUAGCAGCUGCUCUCCUUGCCAAUACCGAGAUAUUGGAUUAUCCACUGGAAGGAUAUCAAUAUCCGGUCAUCAGGUCAUCGUCAGUCGACGACCCUGAAUUUGUUUACGUGGACGCAAAUAAGCUCUGCCCCCAGUAUCUGCGCUCUUUGGACAGCUUUAAGAACGACACUCAGGUGGAGAAGACCUACAAUGAAACACUGGUCUUCUACAAAGCGGAAUGGGAAAGGAUCUUCCACGGUGACAACAUCGCGUACCCCUCGGAUCUGGCAGACUACCAUCACGCUUACGAAUUCUAUGACCACAUUCAGUAUCUCUACGUACACGACAACGCCACGAAAAAUCAACUAAACUCCUCCUUUGUCGAAUACAUGGGCAAUCUCGCAGCUACCGAGCAGCGUGAAAAGCAUGGAAACUUGACGGUGUCUGGAAAGGAAGAAGGCGACAAAAUCCGCGCUAUUGCAGGCCGCACCAUGGCUGGCAAAGUUAUGGAGUGGUUCGACAGCAAUGUCCAGACAGAAGGACGCACCAACAAGCUCAAUAUGGCCUUUACCUCCAUAGAGCCCUUCUUUGCGUUCUUCUCUCUGUCAGGCUUGAUAGAUGGUCCAUCUGGUAAUCAGUUCCGAAGCCAUGUUCCCAACCCUAGUGCAGCGAUGAUUUUUGAACUCUUCUCCAAAGGCGGCAGCGACUCGGUAUACCCUCCUGACGAGGAUCUCUGGGUACGGUUCCUUUACGACGACGCCAGAUCCGGCUCCCUUCCUCAAGAAUACGCCCUCUUUGGCAACGGGAACUCGCAAUCAGUCAUGCCUCUCGCCGAAUUCAGACAUUCCAUGGGAGAGAUUGCCCUCAAUUCAUCGUCCCACUGGUGCGACGUCUGCGACAGUUCUGCCUCUUUCUGUCUCGUGGCCAAAGGUUCCACCGAAGGCGACGACAACAAGGGCGGCAGCCCCGACUCUAGCUCAUCCGUCGUCUCCCACGAUGGUCAGGGUCUCAAAAUGGACCCCACCAUAGCCGGCGCCAUCGGGGCCGCCUCAGCAGUUGCCGUCAUCGGACUCGGCUUGCUCGCAGCCACGCUCUGUGCCGGUCUCCGCUUCCACCGAGCCGGCUCGGAGAAGAGGCGCGAGCAGGAGCGCAUGAUUCACAUGCUGAAUCUAGGCAGCGCGUAUAACAAUGACAAUAAUCGGGCAGCGGCGCCUGAUGCCGACGUGACGUACGCCAGGAACGGAAUCCGUCACGAGCGCGUAGGAAGCUGGGAAAUGCACAAUGGAUUCGGUACGAAUCCGUAUGGUACGAGCAACACGGACCGUACUGCGGGGCUCGAUCGCGUUUAUACCAAUGAUGCUGGCUUUUACUCACCAAGGCCCGGCGGCAGCUCGUCGAAGCGACCGGCAGAGGAUGACCAAGCAAGCUACUUUGGCACUGUGCCGACGAAGCCGAGGGAUUUUACCUUGCGAGAUGGUGAGUGA